CCUCCCCCAAACACCCCAGGAACCUCACAAGUGUCUGGACGGAGAUGGAGGGAGGCUCAUGCACGGUCUUCAGCUUCCUGCACGAAGUGCUCCAAAUACUUUCACUUUUCUUUUCUCCGGAAGCCUGGCCCUCACUGCAUGUGGCAAAGCACAGACUUCCUGUUUCACCCACUGGCAUCUCCCUGCUGUUUUCUCCGUCUUCCAAGAGUGAUCCCAGGGCCCAGCCCCUGGACUGGUGAAAGGGGAAGGAGCAGAUGGCAGACCUAGCAUCCAGGAUGCCCACCUUGACCAAGGCCAUAGAAGAGACUCUUCACCAGCACUUUGUAUACCAGAAGCUAGAGAUUGCCUAUGCCAUCUACAAGCCAUUUCCCUUCCUCGAAGGCUUCCGAGAUAAUUCUAUCAUCACUGAGACAAUGUACAGGGAAUCCAUGGAAGCCUAUAGAAAUAAGGUCCCCAUACCCAGAGUGGUAUACAACAUCCUCACUCACCUGGAGAAGACCUUCAACCUGUCAUUUCUGGAGAUAUUGUUCAGCCAAAUUAACCUGUAUGAGUACCCCAACCUGAAGACAAUUCUCAAGGGCUUCAAAAAUGCUGUCAUUUCCUACCGACAACGGAACAGAACUGUGCCCACCCUCCUUGAAGCCCCAGCCUACCCAGCAGAAGGGCGCUCCCUCCAGACACUGCUGCCGUUGCUGCCACCCCAACACCCACCCCAUGCACCCAGUGUCAGUGAGCCCAGCGCGUCCACACAGCACAGAGCUGAGAUCUUGGGCGAACCAUCCAGCCCUUCUGGCCCUGCCGUGGCUCUCCCCAGAGCCACCCAGGAAAGAAGGAUCACUCCAGACGAAGACUCACAAGAGAUCCCCAGCACGCCCCCUGACACUGUGCAAGUGAUAAGAGAUGACUCUCCUGAACCAAAUGACCCCAAAGAGCUCCAGGAGGCAUCCAGCACACCUCCCAACAAGAAAGGAAAGAAAAGAAAAAGAAGUAUCUGGUCAACUUCAAAAAAGAGACGCCAGACAAAAAGCCUCCCAAAAGAUCUGGCAGUGGAAACAGAAAGAGGAGAGCCAGCUCAAGACCAACUUGGAGGGAAAGCCUCACCUGGGCCCAGAAUCCAAGAGAAGCUCCAAGUGGUGGAUCAGACAACUCAAAGGAAGGGCGAUUCAACCAAGAAGUCAAACUUGACUACAAGGGUCCAAAAGGCAAGCAUUGAAUGUGCCCAAACCUCUGGACCAGAAGAAAUCAGUGAUGACUAUUCAGAAACAAAUGAAGAAAAGAGACCCCAGGAGCCGCCCGGCACACCACUAAGCAUCCUGCAUGAUCCAACAAAGAAUGGAAAUAAAUCACCUUUGGGAAAAUCUCCUGGGGAAAAGCCAUCACCUGAGCACAGAAUCCAAGAGAAUCCCCAAGUGAUGGAUCAGGCAACUGAAAGGAAGGAUGAUUCAACGAGGAGCUCAAAGGUCAUGACAAGGGCCCAAAAAGCAAAGAUUCAAUGUGUUCAAACCUUGGAACCAAAGGAAAAGAGAAGGAAAGAAGAUAUCAUUUCAAGUUCAACAAGGGAUCAGAAAAAUAUUCCCCUGAAGAAAAAAUCUGAAGAUGAAACCGUGGAUUUUCUCUCUCCCAAACUUCCUGUGACCUGUGGUGAAGCCAAAGGGAUUUUAUAUAAGGAGAAAUUGAAACAAGGAUCCUCAGAGAAGUGCAUUCAGAAUGAGGCGGGGGUUUGGUUCACACCCAAAGAAUUUGAAAUUGAAGGAAAACAGGCAAAUUCAAGGAAAUGGAAGCAGACUGUGCAUUGCAAAGGAAAGACCUUAGGAGAACUGAUAAAGAAAGGACUUUUGCUCUGUCCUCCAAGAAUAAGUGUCAAGAGACAGUGGGAAAACUUCAAGGAAUGUGAGGUGUGCUGUAGAGGGGGACCACUGCUCUGCUGUGACACUUGUCCAAGAGCCUUUCAUGAGGACUGUCACAUCCCGCCUGCAGAAGCAGAGAGGAGCCCGUGGAGCUGCACCUUCUGCAGGAUAGAGUCUUUGCGAAGGCAGCGGUGCCACGGGGAGUCUGAGGCCCCUGAGAGGCAGAUGCAGCCCGAGGAGCAGCUGAAGUGUGAGUUCCUCCUGUUGAAGGCCUACUGUCAUCCACAAAGCUCCUUUUUUGCAGAAACCCCACAUAACAUUCGAGAUUAUGGAGAGCCCUUUAAGGAAGCCAUGUGGCUGGACUUGGUUAAGGAAAGGUUGACUGAGCAAGUGUACACAGUGGCAUGGUUUGUUCGGGACAUGCGGCUGAUCUUUCGCAAUCAUAAAACAUUUUACAAGGCUUCUGACUUGGGUCGGAUAGGAUUGGACUUGGAGGCAGAAUUUGAAAAGAACCUCAAAGAAGUGUUUAUUUUUUGCAAAGCCAAUGAGAACAGUUUCCAGACUCUUUGACUCUGUUCUUGAAAGUCUGAGGCACUCCAACUUCAGGAUCCAGAUGAUGUGACUCUGGCCAUCUUUAGACUGCCAGUGAGUCUGGGAUGUUAUUGUGUGGAGGCCGAGAAAAAAUAAGGCCAUUCCACCUCAAUUUAACAUUAGCACAGGGAGGAUUUUUUGGAAUUUUGCACCUGGCUCAGUGGUUGAGCAUCUGCCUUCAGCUCAGGGCAUCAACCCAGAGUCCCAGGAUCAAGGCCCCAUCAGGCUCCUUACAGGGAGACUGCCUCUCCCUCUGCCUCUGUCUCUGCCUCUCCCUCUCUCUGUCUCAUGAAUAAAUAAAUAAAAAUUUAAAAAAAAAAAGAAUUUUUCACCUGUAUUUAUGAAUGAAGUUGGUCCGCAAGCUUCUGUGUACUGUCAUGAUCAGAUGUAGGGCUACCUCAGCUUGGCACAAGAAUGCCUAAAACUUUCCUUUUUAUGUGCUCUGGAAUAGUUUAAAAUGUUUUAAAUGAACCAACUCAUAAAAUUAUAUAGCCUACCGUUCUUUGGAGAGAUGAUAUUGGCCACAGUCUCCACUUUUUCAGGACCAUUAAACUCUUCAGAUGCUCUCUUGCUCUUGAAUCGGGUCCGCUUUUAUAGUUUUCUUUCUUUUUUUUUUUCUGUUAUAGUUUUCUAAGAAGUCAGUCAUUGCAUGUGUUGUUCAUACUUGGCCUUAUUUCUGCCGUAUUAUUUUAUUCCCUCUCUUGGGAAUAGUUUCACAUGAUUUUUGUGUACAUUUUCUUUGUUUCUGCCUUCUAUUCUGGAAGGCAUUUGUCCCAGCUUUUAAUUCUAAUAUUUACCUGCAAGUUUUCCAAAUGUAUUUUUAACUUAUGUUUUAAAUGUCAGAGCCAGGGAUGUCCGGUGGCUCAGUGCAUUGCGCAUCUGACUCUUGAUUUCGGCUCAGGUCAUGAUCUCUGGGUCCUGGGAUGGAGCCCCACAACCCCCAAUCCCUGUGUCGGGUCUGCUGGAGUUUCUGCUCCUCCCCCUGCUCAUGCUCUCUCACUCUCUCUCUCCCUAAUAAAUAAAUAAAUCUUAAAAAAAUAAAUAAACGUUAGAGGCAAAAAUAAAAUAUCUUUAAUGAACCAUGUAUUUAAGCCAACAUGUUUGUCACUUUUUAUGUGACAGCUUCUUAAUUCAAACAGGGAGGAAUUCCCUGUUUCAUAAUAUGGCUAUUUAUUAUCAGUAUCAGAUGUUUGCUUUUACUUUGUAUUAAUUAAUUUUAUUCACUGAUAUGUCACUAUUUUGUUAUUUUUACAUUACAUAAAUUAUUUAUUACUUUUAAUAUCUACCAAAAUUGAAAAACAAAAGGUAAAAGUCGAAUGACCCUUAUUCAUGAGAGCAGUAUUUUUUUUUUAAGAUUUUCUUUAUUUAUUCAUGAGAGACACAGAGAGAGAGGCAGAGACACAGGCAGAGGGAGAAGCAGGCUCCCUGCAGGGAGCCCGAUGUGGGACUCGAUCCCAGGACCCCAGGAUCAUGACCUGAGCCGAAGGCAGAUGCUCAACCACUGAGCCACCCAGGUGCCCCUCUUUAAGUCAUUUUAGAAGAUGAGUAAGCAGGUGGCAUGUUUUCUGAGCCUUUGCACAGCUCUGAAUGUCUUCUCUGUUUUCAUAAAUUCACGGUUGGGCUACAAUUUGUAUUUUAUCACAACUUCUCACCUUCAAAAUCGAUUUAGGCCUUGGUUCACUGUGUUUGGGCAUUUUCAUCCUACAAGUGUGAGUCUGCAUUCAGUCAGAAUUCUGUUCCUUUGUUAGUGUGUGGACGCAUAGCAGGUUUCUUCUUUCUCUCUGUAGUUCUAUAUUUUCAACAGGACAGGAUUCAAUGUAAUACUCUUAUCGUUGAUCUUGCCUGGCACUCUGAGCCCUUUCAAUAUACAUAUCCAGUUCUUUUUUCAGCAGCUGCAUUAAAUCUUUCUGAUCCUUUUGUACUGGGCUCUCUUUCAAGAACAUUUAUUAUCCAUAUGCUGGCUCUCCAUUCUCUGUCCUCCCUAUUUAUCAUUUUUAAAAAAGAAAAAAUAGGUUCUGGGAAGCGCUCCUCUUCUGAGGUCAUUAGUCUAAGACUUAAAUGUACUAACUCAAAAUAACUGCACUUCUAGGGUCAAUAUUUUUAAAUUAAUGAUUUUUUUAUCAUUAUAAUAAUGCUAAUUACUCUCUAUUAACCAGGGAAACUUUUCUUACCACAAUACUUUUCUUCUCUCAACACAAAAAUAAAAAGUUACCGCUGCUA